AUGGUUCCCGCUUGUUCCCUCCUGCUGUUACUUGUAUGGUCUGCUUGUUCCCUGAACUUGACCCAUGGACGGGUGGUCACAGAUGAAGAUCCGGACACCGAUGAAGAAUGGCCGGUGCUCUGCCCACCAGACACUUUCUACAGCUUGCAACAGGACCAGUGUAUGACAUGUUCCCAAUGUCCUAUGAACAAGAUCAUUCUCAGCCCAUGCCAAGGGUUACACGACACAAGAUGUGGUCCUUUCUAUGACUACCAUGGUGAUUCACCAGCAGAACUAUCUGCUACCAAAGGAAAACUCCAGAAGGACACAAGAGGCAGCUCAAAUCAAUCUGGGAAACAGUCUGACAGUUCAAAGCCAGAAACAGAUGAUUCGGCAUUUGAUCGAAAUUCUGAUUUGCUACCUACAUCCUUGGAUAGUGCAGUGUUUUCAGAUUCCCAAUGGAAAUCAUUAACAAUUGCACUGAUUGUUCUUGUCUCUGUAGUUUUUGUCCUGGUCGUCACCUUCGUUACUUACUUCUUGAGGAAAAGUUUUAUGAAUAAGACAAAAAUUGUUUGUGAAUAUAGUUCUCCGCCUGAAAUUGUUUAG